GGGAGCGUGACCGUCACGAGGGGGCGAAGCCGGGAAGGAAGGAGAUCGAGAGCGGGCUCAGUCGCCGCCCCACCGCACCCCACCUCCGGCUGCUCGCCUUCCCCGCCGCCGUGGUCCGCGGCUUCAGGCGGGGCCACGGACCCCGGUGGGGGUGAACAGCGCGGGACGGGGUCGCCGUCGGGGCGGUGGGGUGGGCGAAUCGAUCCUGCGUGCGCGGGUGGGCUGGCUGGCCGAUAAAAGGGGGAGCUUUUGGACUGGUGAGGAAAGUGAGAAAAGGCUUGCAGCUGAGACAUUAAAUACACAGUAAUAGAACACAAAGAAUGGGUAAGAAAGGAAAGUGGUUUAGUGCGGUGAAGAAAGUCUUCAGCUCCUCUGAUCCAUCUGGAAAGGAAGCAAAGGCUGAGGAGGCGGACAAGUCAAAAUCCAGGAGGAGAUGGCCAUUUGGAAAGUGUAGGCACUCUGAUCCUUCAACCUCAACUGCGUCAGGGACUGCUCCAGUAGCUCCGUUGCCGCAGCCGCCACCACCACAACCUGCUCAGCCACACUCUCAGGAAAUUAGAGAUGUCAAGCCAGUUGAAACAGACAGUGAGCAGAACAAGCAUGCCUACUCUGUUGCGCUUGCAUCUGCUGUUGCUGCAGAAGCUGCUGCAGUUGCUGCCCAGGCCGCUGCUGAGGUUGUCCGCCUCACAGCAGUUACCUCGACCGCACCAAAAAUGCCUGCUAAUUCAAGGGAAGAGCUUGCUGCCAUCAAAAUUCAAACUGCCUUCAGGGGUUAUCUGGCAAGGAGAGCAUUGCGGGCACUAAGAGGGCUAGUUAGAUUGAAGUCGCUUGUUGAUGGAAAUGCUGUCAAGCGUCAAACUGCUCACACUUUGCAUUGCACACAAACGAUGGCAAGAGUCCAAACUAAAAUCUACUCUAGAAGGGUGAAGCUGGAGGAGGAAAAACAGGCUCUUCAGAGGCAGCUCCAAUUGAAACAUCAAAGAGAGCUUGAGAAAAUGAAGAUUGAUGAAGACUGGGAUCACAGUCAUCAAUCCAAAGAGCAAAUUGAGGCCAGCCUAAUUAUGAAGCAGGAAGCUGCACUAAGACGAGAAAGAGCACUCGCAUAUGCAUUUUCUCACCAGUGGAGGAAUUCUGGUCGAACUAUAACCCCAACUUUCACGGAACCUGGGAAUCCUAACUGGGGCUGGAGCUGGAUGGAACGCUGGAUGUCAGCAAGACCUUGGGAGAGCCGAUUGGCUGCAUCAGAUAAAGAUCCUAAAGAGCGUACUCUGACAAAGAAUCCCAGCACCAGUGCUGUUCGAACGUCUGUACCCCGUGCCAUCUCAAUCCAGAGACCAGCAACACCAAACAAAUCAAGCCGUCCACCAAGCCGGCAAUCACCUUCAACUCCGCCAUCAAAGGCCCCAUCUACCUCAGGAAAGAUCAGGCCGGCAAGUCCAAGGGGCAGCUGGCUGUACAAGGAGGAUGACCUGAGGAGCAUCACAAGCAUACGUUCUGAACGCCCAAGGAGGCAGAGCACAGGUGGAGGCUCGGUCAGGGAUGAUGCAAGCCUGACGAGCACACCACCUCUCCCCAGUUACAUGCAGUCAACAGAGUCUGCAAGGGCAAAGUCUCGAUACCGCAGCUUAUUGACUGAGAAGCUUGAGGUUUCGGACCGAGCACCUCUGGUCCAUUCGGUUGUUAAGAAGCGCCUGUCCUUCCCUAUCAUGGACAAACCGAGCGGUGCACCAGUAGAUAAGCCAAAGGAAAGGGCGAGACGCCAUUCUGACCCUCCGAAGGUCGAUCCUACAACGCUGAAGGAUGCCCCUGUUGCCUGAUCAGGCCUUGUGAUUGUUAGGUUUCGUGCUCUUUUAACACUCCAUGAUGUAUUUUUUAAGGGCCCCUUUGGCACGGCUCAUCGAGCGGCUUCUAGGAUGGCUUUUGAUGAAGCCGUGCCAAACGGGAGAAGGCAAAACGGCUCACCCGCGAAAGCCAGUAGAAGCCCCGCAAAAUGCGGUCUCUACGUUUCUCCAUCCACCGGAAGCCAAAAAAAGUGGCUUAUUCCGGCUCCUCCUCGUCACUUUCCAUCCUUGUCCCCGGUGGUGGCGGAGGGGCGGAGGAGUGCCGGGGCGGCGCCGUGGUGGCGGAGGGGCGGAGGAGGACCGGGGCGGCGCCGUGGCGGCGGACGGAGCCGAGGCCGGCAAGGCGGCGCUGUGGCGACCGAGGGGCGGAGGAGGACUGGGGCGGCGCUGUGGCGGCGGAAGGAGCCGAGGCCGGCAGGGUGGCGCUGUGGCGGCGGAGGGGCGGAGGAGUGCCGGGGCGGCGCCUUGGCGGCGACGGAGCCGGGGCCGGCGGGGUGGCGCUGGAGGGGCGGAGGAGGGCCAGGCGGUCGGGGCGGAUAAGGUCGGGAGGGAGGAGCGGAUGGAUAAGGAGAGAGGAGGGGAAAAGAAAAGAAGGGGAGAAGGAAAGAGAAAGAAAAAGAAAAGGAAAAUGAGGAGAAAAAAAGAAAAAGAGAAUAGAAAAAUAUAAGGGUAUUUUGGACAUUUGACACCUUCUUUCCAAUCUAAAAAGCUAGGAGAAGCCGUUUUGCCAAACAUUUUCCUUCAAAAUAAGCCAGAGCCAGAAAAAGCUGCUUUUCCAGAUGAGCUAGAGCCAAAGUUAUUUUUGCACGAGCCAAAGCCGUGCCAAACGGGCCCUAAGAUAGAUUGUUUUCUGUGUAAUGCAUGAUUUGUCUGGUUAUUUUGAGAGUUGAGACAAUUCUAACAGGACAUGGGGUACUCCCUGUAGGUUGUUACGUGUGAUGCUAAUACUGUGUGAGGUUGCCUUUCAAUGUAUGAUAUGACGGUUUGACAGACUUGUUAACGUGUGAAUGCUGCAAUUAAUUCC